GGUUGCUAGCCACAUACACGAGCUUAUUCGGUCGAUCGUCGGUCGCCGCGGAUCGAGCUCUAGAGCGGCCGGUGCAUCGUCAUCUACGUUGGCGCAUUGGCCUCUGUGAAUUGCUCCACUGCAUGUAGAAUACUCUCCAUUAAAUGCAGGCAGCGCACCACACGUACGUACAGUACAGUAUUCUACCGCGUCUAGUACGACACCGGCGACCGAGUACCUCGUCGCACAGCUCAGUACAGUAUUCUAGCUAGCUACUCAGAUCAAUGGCUUCUGCCGCGUCUGCCCGUCUCCGAGACAUCAAGGCCUUCGACGACACCAAGGCCGGCGUCAAAGGCCUCGUGGACAGAGGCGUCACCACUCUCCCAUACUUCUUCCGCCACCCGCCAGAAAACCUCCCCGUCGCCAACGACGAGGCACACAACAGAAAAUCAGAUUCCUCGUCAUCGUUCACCAUCCCGGUGAUCGACCUCGCCAGCGUGACAACAACAACAACAGAGUCAUCAACGUCCCGUCGAGCGGAGCUCGUGGGCGAGGUGCUCGCGGCGGCCAAGACGGUGGGCUUCUUCCAGGUGGUGAACCACGGCGUGCCAGAGAGCACCAUGGCGGAGAUGCUGGCGGCCGCGAAGCGCUUCCACGAGGAACCCGCGGCAGCGAAGAGCGGCUACUACACGCGCGACUACGUGAGGAGCGUGAGGUACCACUGCAACAUGGACCUGUUCCGCGCGGCCGCGGCCAAGUGGCGCGACACGGUGUACCUGGACAUGGCGCCGACGCCGCCGGCACCAGAGGAUCUGCCACCGGCGCUGGGGCUGGGAGGGAUCGCGGCGGAGUACACGCGCCAGGUCCAGCGGCUCGGGGCCACGCUGUGCGGGCUCAUGUCGGAGGCCCUGGGCGUGCCACGUGGGCACCUGGAGCACGAGGCUGGGUGCGUGGACGCCGUCCGCGUCGCGUGCCACUACUACCCAGCGUGCCCGGAGCCGCACCUCACCAUGGGCGCCACCGCGCACUCCGACCCCAGCUUCCUGACCAUUCUGCUCCAGGACCAGAUCGGCGGGCUUCAGGUGCUCGUGCAAGACGGGGACAGGAAGGAGGAACCGAGAUGGGUGGACGUGCCCUGCGUGCACGGCGCGCUGGUGGUCAACAUCGGCGACUUCCUGCAACUCGUCUCCAACGACAGGUUCACGAGCGUGCAACACCGGGUGGUGUCCAAGAGGGAGGGGCCUCGAGCGUCGGUCGCGUGCUUCUUCCAGACGUAUGGGGACGCCGCGCCGACGAGGGUUUGCACCCCCAUCGCUCUCGCCGACGGGAGGCCUCCGCGGUACAAGGCCGCCACGGUGGAAGAGUUGCUCCUCGCCCACAGGGAGAAGAAUAGCCACGGUGCACUCCAACGCUUCAGGCUCUGAGUGUCCCACGCGCUCUGCCUCCUGUCUCUUUCUACCGAGAAAAGUCGGUUUUAAGCUCUGACCUCGCAGACAAAGUUUGAAUGGGACCUUAAACAAGGAGAGAGAUGUUCAUGUAACUAAAUAGUUACCAUCACAUCACAUUUCUCAUGAUAAAAUGUCUCUAUAAUAAGUCAAUAAAUAAAGUUGAUAUGUUAUCAUAAAUUAUGUUACUACCCACUACUAAUACAUAUAUAUGUUACUAGUUUAUAUUACUCUCCAAUAUGACUAGCCUGAACCUGCAACUGCAAGUGACUGCUGAAUGCUGAUGGCCGCACUGCAUAGCCAACAAUUCUACGCCGAGCAUUAUAAGAGCGCAACU